CCGGUUGUAGCCCAAGACGGGUGUUUAAAUGCUGAUAAGAACGCUGAAGAGAGCCAGCUUGUCCACUAUGAGAACGAUGAACCGCUCAAUACAUUUGGUCUCUUCGGACUCCUCAGACGGGGAGCUCAUCGCCAUAACCUCGGAUCUUGAAGAGAACGAGGACAGGCUCUUAUACAUGGAGCAGCAGAAGAUGAUGAGGCAGAAGUUUGAAGAGGAGAACCCGGGCUUGACGUACAAGAUCCAUGUUCCAAGGGAGUUCUUAUCGAGCGAAUCGUAUCGACGUUCUCAUGGGCUGUUAUCUGAUGACGAGGAAGCUGCGAAAGCCGAGGUCAAAAGAGAGCGUAAUAGACGGAGAAGGCAGAACCGUGCACAGAGGAAGAGGGAGGCAGAGGAGUUGACGAACGCUCAGAAGCAGUCUCACGACCCAAUUGAGGUGAGAAACACACAGUGUCGCUUCUUUGAACCUGACUGCGACAAUCUGGCGUCUACUGAUGCCGCAACUGUUCCCUUUGAUGAGCUCACCUUGUUGAGACAGAAUAAACUGAGACAACUGGACACUUAUUUCCAAAAGGUUGGUCUCAUUCGUAAACAGCACCCUGUCCUACAGAGUGAAGGCCAUUACCACUCCCUGAAACAGGCAGUCAGAAACAUUGCUGAUCCGUUGAACAUUUUGAUCUCUCUCGACAUUGAAGCGUUCGAGUUCUGCAACAACAAGGUCACUGAGAUUGGGAUUUCCAUCUACGACCCCGGCCAUGAGAUACACUCCACGGUGCCACAUCUGAGGACCAUUCACCUGUUACCCAAGGAGAACUUGAAACUACGUAAUAAGAAGUACGUUGGCGAUAACAAGGACAACUUCUUAUGCGGGGGCUCCAUCAUCUUGCCGUUGGACCAAUGUACCACUUUCCUGGAGUUGCUGUUCCACCACUAUCUCGUCCAUAAACGGGAACAAGGCUUUAGCACUGUCUUUGUGGGCCAUGAUAUCCGUGGUGACUUGAGCUGGUUGAGAUCGCAGAUAGGCGUCAAUGUCCCCGACGAUAUUCUCAUUGCAGACACUCAAAAGAUGAUGGCUUCUGUCAUUGGCAGACAGGUUGGGCUUUCAACCUUAUUGACUAUGUUUGAGAUACCUCACGGCUUCCUACACAACGGUGGUAAUGAUGCUUAUUUCACCUUGCUAUUGGCCAUGAGAUUGGCUGAUCUCCCAUAUAGAACCAGACUUGGUAUGGACCAGCCUCGUUUCCAACAGUGGUUCAACGAGCAGGAGCUAUGGAUCAAGGGCUUCCAAGGAUACAAGAAAAAAGGUGGCAAUGGCGUAGCACCUAAACUGGUUGGCCUCGAACCUUCCCGUUUCCGUUCGGGGAGAGAGGCAUUGGAAUAUGUCUUCCUUGAUGCAAUGAGCGCUCAAUACCGUUAGGGGUUUUAACCAUAUUGUGAACUUUGUCCAAUGAACGAGAUCCUUCACUCACUACAGUGCAAGGGUACAUAAUCAUAGAACUACACUCAUUUUGAUACAUUUCUUAUUUAGCUGAGCUCCAAUUACGACAGAACUUGUUGUCGUGAUGAUCAAUACUUUAUGACUUCUUUACAAGCCC